AUGCCUGACAAACAGCAGUCCGACGACACCGACCUGCCGGCGCCAGUGCCACGGCCACGCAGGCGCGCUAACGGCAGUGAGCCGCAAAAGGAGCGGCUGACAGUAUACUCGGAGGCAGCACAGCGUCUGACAAACUACCAGCUCGGCAACUGCAUUGGACGUGGACAGUUUGGCGCCGUGUACCGAGCGCUGGACCUGGAGACCGGGCAGAUGGUCGCUGUCAAGCAAAUAUCGAUAGAAGGGCAGAAUGCGGAUGAUAUGGAGGACGUCAUGGGUGAGGUUGACCUGCUAAAGUCGCUGUCGAGCCCGCGCAUUGUGCGCUAUCAUGGCUUUGUCAAGACCGACACGCACUUGAACCUGGUCAUGGAGUACGUCGAGAACGGGUCGCUGAGCGCUACGCUCAAGUCAUUUGGCUCUUUCCCUGAGAAGCUGGUGCUGGCCUACGUGGUAAAGAUUAUCCAGGGUCUGUCCUAUCUGCACGCGCGCGAUGUGGUGCACUGCGACCUGAAGGCGUGCAAUAUCCUGACUACAAAGAAGGGCAACACCAAACUAACAGAUUUCGGUGUGUCGCUGAAUCUGAAGCUGCGCAAGCCUGGCGACGAGUCGGUUGUUGCUGGCACACCAUACUGGAUGGCGCCUGAAAUCAUCAUGCUGGAUGGCGCCUGCCGGGCAUCGGAUAUCUGGAGUCUUGGGUGCACAAUCAUCGAGCUGCUGACUGGCAAGCCUCCCUAUGCCGAUUUGAUGCAGAUGCAGGCUAUGUACCGCAUCGUUGAGGACGAACUCCCGCCGAUUCCCGAGGGUAUCUCCGAAGAGCUCAAGGACUUUUUGAUGCAGUGCUUCAAGAAAGACCCGAAGGAGCGGCCCACUGCCCCGCAGUUGAUGGAGCACAAGUGG